AUGUCAUGGGGUGGAAGUCCAGCUCUCCAACACGUAUACAACAUGAAUGACAAUACCAAAAUUUCUGACUUUUUGCAAGAGUUUGUUCGGGACGAGAGAGCGACUCAAGAGGAAGUGAAUGAACUUGCAGAAAGUCUAAAGAGACAGUGGUUGAAGAAGAUUGGUGAUUUUAAACGAUUUACUACAGAGGAGUUGAAAAGUUUGAAUAUGCCUGCAAUGAUGAUAAAGCAUUUAGAAGAGCAAGAAUUUGUCAAAUCUCCAGAGCAAAAGAGGCAGCUGAUGGAGCAUGACAAUCAUGACAAUGGUGGACCUUUGUACAAGAAAACCAAAAUUUUUUCAGUAAAUGGGACUAUCACACCAAGUGACUAUAAAAAGUAUUUUGUUGUAGACCAAACUGAAAAAAAUCAGCCACUUGUCAAUCACAUCCUCAAUCGACAAUUUGUGAGCUUUCAUGCACCACGUGCAUCUGGCAAAUCCACUCGCAUGAUGCAACUUGCAAUGCAAUUACAAAGUGGCAUUCAAACAGAGGAGGGAGUCAAGAAAUAUAAAUGUAUUUAUGUGGAUUUUCAGAAGUUUUUCCUUGAAGAAAAUGAUAAUCAAACAGAAAAGUUCUGGUAUUAUUUUGGUAAUGCUUUUCCUGAACCCAAUAUUCUGCCAGUCCAGAUAAAUAGUGCAGAUACCUUCUUAACUGCUUUCAAAAAGGAUGACAAGUGGUGGAAUCUUCCUGUGGUUUUACUACUUGAUGAAUUUGAUACCCUUUAUGCACAAAAUGUCAUGCCUGCCCGCAAUGCAUGCCUGCAGGCACUCCGUGCUAUCAGAAGUAACCAGGAUGAGUAUAUCAUAGAUUCCAUCAUAAUUAUUGGCACUUUUGGUGUUGUGAUGAUGAACCAGGAAAAUCCAAAUUUAUCACCAUUCAACAUUACUGAAAGUCUUAAAGGUGAAAGUCUCAGCUAUGAAUCAGUAAUUCAGCUCUUCAACCAGUAUGUUGAGGCCCGAAAUAUACAACUUGACAGACGGAUUGUUGAUGAUAUUUAUCACAGAACAAAUGGGCUAGUGGGAAACCUAGGAAAGCCAGAAAUGAGAGAAUCUAUUACCUUACUGCAAAAAAAAUUUCUGGCUAAUGCUGGACCUGUGACUAUUACUAAUGCAAAGGAAAUUGAGCUGUCAGGACUCCUUGCCAAGGAAGGGGCUCUGAAUGUUGUAGACAAAAAUGCCUUUGUAAUGGCCUCACCAUUAUUACGCUCUCUCAUCAUAAAAAAUACUUUAAACAAAUGGAUGUCUUGUCCAUCAACAGACAUUCCAUUACGCCAAGCACCUGACUAUAGCCUCAACAUACUUGAGUCUCUUAAGACUGUCAUUCCCUUAUUUAAUCAACAAGAUAUGAAGAAUGGAGCCUUAUUUUCAUUCAAGAUAGCACCUGGGAGAGUUGAUAAGAAGCUGAACAUGCGGGUUCCACAAGUAAGUGUGUAUCAGCAACAGCUGGUUGGCAUUUUUCAAAAUUGGCUUUCCACUUUCUCAUUUGAAAUUAUUGGUCAAUACCAUAUGAAGAAUACAUUGGGUAAUGGAAGGUAUUGUGAUGUGGUGUUAACUGAGCCCAACUAUCAUAUGACAGCAGUUCUUGAGCUUCUUGCAACCUCAACAGAGUCCCAACUAAAAAACCAUUAUAAGUGUGCUCUGGAAUAUGCUGACAGCCUCAGGAUUUGUUCAACUCAAAACAUAUACAGAAAUUCAAAUUUUCAAUUCCUCAAUAUUCGUGAUAUCUGGGUUAUUCAUUUUACUUGUGAAGAUGAUGCCACCAAGGCAGAAAACUGUAAAUGGCCAACUACAGAGCAGAACCUUAAUCCAGAAACAAUGGUGGAUCCUCAAUGGCCAACAGUGGAGAACUUAAAUGUUGUGACUAUUUGGCACAAUCUUGAAUUUACUGAAAUUAGAAUGAGUGCAUGUUGGAAGGACCAGAAAGGUGGUGCAUGGCAAGAAUUGUAUAAUGAAAAGAUUUUCCCAAAGAGCUAA